AGAUAAAAUGGGAAAAAUGUUAAUUGAUCGUCUCUAAUCCCCCGCUAAGCGCUUGCUUGGCUCUCUCAACUUCAAAAUGAAUUGUGUGAAAAUGACCUGCUCCAGCCUAAAUGGCUUCAAAUCUGCCAGAUUUUGCGUCAGCAAUUACCACCUAAACAAUUUUACCGCGAAUAAAGAGCUUCACAACAAAUUUGAACAAUUGUGUCUGAAAAAUGGACCAAGUGCCUACCGAGUACAUCAUGGUCUACCCGCCGGCGCCUCGCGUGACGAACCCCCACCUGGUGGAACGCGUCUCGCAACGCACGAUUGUAACAUCACCUGCGAUCAGUAACAACACUCUAAUUUUCACUCCAAUUCACAAUACGGCGGAAGUAGACACUCUGACAAACGGAGUAUUGGUGCAAUGCUCAGAAUUAGUUGAUGGUAAUAUUCACUUUCUAACAGAGGUAACGACUCUACCCAUUUUGCAAUCAACCACGAGUUUCUCAGACUUCCUUUCAAAUACCUCAGAUACCUCUGCAGUAUUAGUCCCAUCCGAGCCAAUUAUUCCAAAUCUAUACCUAAAUGAGUCAUCGUACGAAAAUCCUGACCCAAUAGUAACAAAUGCAUACCAAAAUGAUGACAAUCUUGUCAACCCAUGUGCUGAUUUCGACCUUGAAGUUAUGUUGGGAUCUCCACGCAUUGAAGAUCAAUUCAAUUUUAAGGCACAGCCAAUGCUUGGAGUACCAAAUAUAUGCACUGAAUCCAUGGAAAACUAUGUUUAUAAUAGAAACAGUAAUAAUUUUCUACAGCAAAUCUCCCCUAGUAGUGGUCUAAAUGUCCCAAGCCACGCGAUCGGAACAGAUUCUAAUAAUAAUGUAAAUAACAGCAAUAUAUCAACUGCGCAGACUGAUGCUAUCAACAGCAACAACAACAGUAGCAACCAUCAUGUCUCAAAUUCUGUCUCUGAAUUGACGAGUCCUUCUGGUCUGAGCGAGCGAAGCAGUUUGUUCGAUGAUGUUGAGAAAAGUUUGACUCCCGGUGUUGAGCGUAAUUUGGACCUGCACCUGGAGAAUGUGUGUACUACUGAUGAAAUCAGACUGCCUGAUAUCCCCCUGUCUGAAAGUGAUCCUGCCAUGAAAGAGUUGCACAUCUCAACAACUGCAGCGACAUUCCAGCUGGACCGGAAACUCAUCAAUUUGCAGACUGUUCCACUCCCUGUUUCAUCGACCAAUCACAAUCAUGUUGAUCAAAAAUGCUACUUUCAAUCAUCCGUCAAAGAGGUGAUGUCAAAUGAUACCAGCUUCAAUCGUGAAUGCCGUACCUUGUUCAAAACCAAGGAAACUGCUCCGUAUGUUACGUCAGCUGAAUUACGCAACAUCCUUCCCGCUUGCACUAAUGUAGCUUUGCUAGAAGAAGCAAAUGCAAGCCUCGUACGAAUCCCGCAAAAUAACGAAAGCGAAGUUCACAUGUGCAUCGAAAAUGUUGAAAAGUGUUCCAGUAUAGAUAAUAUUAUGGAAAAUGUCUCUCAGAAUAGCAUGGCCUCAGAAAAUUCAUCAUCGAUGUUCACGGAUUCAUGUGAGCUCUCGGAAGCCGAAUCAACCACCCGAGAAAUACCAGAUUUGCCGCAGUCUCUCGAGUUUUUGGAUUCGGAUGUUAAGUCUCUGCCCAACUACUUGCUCAAAGUGCGAAACCCGAUCAAAAAGAAGAAUCAGAAUAGAAAAGCAGCCAUGAAGUAUAGAUGUAAAAAGAAAUCAGAAGUAACUGCAAUUGGAGAUAAGUUAAACGAGCUGAAAACGAGAGAAAAUGCGAUGAGAGAGCGAAUUGCGAUUAAAGAGAAAGAGGUGGAAAUUCUGGAAGACUUGCUGAGAAGGAAAAGAAAGACGUCCCCGAACCUUUAAUUAUACCUGCUUCUUGGCUAUUAAAAUGGUGACUUCAAUUUAUACGGGACAGAAAAAUACACGAGAAGAUAUGAUGUUCAAACUGUACUAAAGAAACUUUGAUAUUCAAAUUUGAACGCUUGAAAAUUACGAAUACUAGGCAAUGUGUUGCUCCUUGCUUUAUAUUCUAGAUUUUGUUUCACUGUUAAUUAAUGUCCUAAUUUCCUUCCUCAAUCCUAGAAGCAUUUGGAUUAUAUUUGCCAUUUUUCAAGCAAAAUAGUAAAAGUCCUUGUUCGUUAAAAGAGUAACUAGUUACAAAAUAUAUUUUUUGCCGAUUCUUUUUAAUAUU